UUACUAUAAUAGCUCGUUGGAUAAUAAUUCCUUCUAUUUUGUGUCACUUCAAGGGCACAGUCAAGGCUCAAGGGAUUAUGAUUAUUAUCAUAUUAUAGAUGAUUAUAUAAUUUGAAAAUAGUUAGAUCUGUUUAUUUCUCAAUCAAUUUUAAUAUUUAUUUUUUAUAAAUUGAUUUUUUUAAUGUUUAAUAGUAAAGUAAAUAAAAUACUUUUAUUAUAAUGGCAAUUGGCAAUAGUGAUAUCAGUUAUGAUGGAAUCAGUUCAGAAUCGGAUGAGUAUUGUUGAAUUUUGAUAAUAAUACAGUAUGAAAAACAUCAAAUCAUAAAUUGAAUGUUGUCUAAUUUGAAUCUUGAAUUUAUUUUCAAGUUUGUGUAUUGCUCUUAUAAACUUUUUGUAUUAGCAGUAAUUUCAAUUAUUUAUUACAGAUAGUGUAUCUUGCAAGUUGCAACACUUUGGCUACUUCAUUUAUUUAUGGUAGACAGUGAAAUUUUGUUUUAAUAAUUUAUUGGGAGACAACUACUUUCAAUGAGUUUGCCAAGAAAAGUUGUGCACCAUGGGUGCUGUGGCAAUUUCUAUCUAUCAAUCCAAAAAAAAAAGUAUCAGACACUUUUCAAGAGAUGCCGGAAAAUUGAAAGAGCCUACAAAACACUAUCAAACAGGUACAACGACUUGAAAUCACAAAACACUGCAAUAGUUAGAGAACUACAAGAACAAAAAGUUCUCAAUCGUCGGCUUGAAAAUGAGCUGCACAGCCGUAACAGUGUCUGGAUGAACCAUGCUACAUCAAUUGAGCACGCACAGAUGAAGCAGUUGCUUGGCUCAAUGGACAUGGCUUUUGAAAACAUGCUGACUCACACAGUGGAGCUCACCAAGUUCAUGUCUGACGGAAAGAGUGCAUUGGACAACUACCGAUUCUUGAUGAGGAACAACUGGGCCUCCAAUAAUAGGCCUAUGACUUCUACAAAUAAUGAUGUACGCAAACCGACAUCAAAGACUGCUCCGAUUAGGCCAAUGGUUCAGGGCUUCACUGUGCAUCAGCCAUCUAUUUUCCUACAAAGAUGCAAUGUGCCAACUUUAGAAGAGGAAAUGACAAUCAACAACCAGAUGGAAAAUGACGAUAGUGAUCGGUUGCCGACUAUUUUUGAAGCAAGUAACAGCGAUGCAGAUUCCAGCCCUGGUACAGCAAAUAUGAUGCAAGACAUUGUUCAAGAUUCUAUUAAUUUUGAAAAUGCACGUAAAAGGAAAAGCAGACUAGGAAGAUUUGGAUUCCGAUCUUCUAACUGUGGUGAAACACUUUUCAGGGGAAAUUCUAGAAGUGAAGCCAACAGUAAUCAGGAGGAACUGCAAGAUUCGACUGACAACUUCUCCCCUGUACGUGACAUGAAUGACGUCAUCAACAUUCGUCGCAGAAAUGUAUCACGCGCUGGUACCGCAACAUCGAAUCUGAGGAGAAAUGCGGCAGCCUCCUUGUCUCACAGCGAACGCGAACCAGUCGUCAAACUGCACAAACUGGACCACGACCGCCUGGCCUCGGUCUCCCACAACCAGCCAUGUCCACAGAUCAUCGAAGAGCUCUCCGAAUCUGUUGGAGACGACGAAGAAGAGCUGACCUCGCCCAGAGUGAGAGUGAGGAGAGAGUUGCAUCCAGUCGAGCGGAGGAGAGCGGAGAGCGAAGUUGUCGAUCCUCUGGAGGGGAGUAGUUGGAUGUUUUGCAACAAUAACACCCCGGUGCAAAAGAGUACACCCAGGGUGAUCAAGGUCCUAAACGUCACUGCUAAAGAUUCAAAUAUGUCAAUCAUUGUAGAUGAUGAUGACGAUGAUGAUGAUGACAUUAUCGAAGCCUCUCCAGCUUCCAACGCGAACGUAACACGCAACAACAUUAUAAAACAACCAAAACCCAACAAUAUGUCGACUACAUCCGCCACCGCCACCAAAGACUUCAAGUCGUGUUUGGUGGUUUGUGAGAAAAUAAUCGACCCAGAUUCUGAUUGUGAAAUUGUGAGACCUUUGGCCGAAGAGUCUUCAAAUCAAUCUAACAACUCAAAUCCGUUUUCUGGCUUCGAUAGUCUAGAAGUGAAAAGUCGUGAGAACCUGAAUGCUAUGAACAGAGUCAUCAAUGACAUCGUGCAGGAAGCAACACCCAACCAAAACCAAAUCACUGACACUAACGGUAUAGACGUUGUUUAUUUUGAUGAGUCUUUGGAUGCACAAAAUGUGAAAAGUGAAGUUUUAGAUCCUAGGUCUCCCGAAAAACGCGGUAAUCAUGAGACGAUCGAUGUUGAUAAUGAGACAGGUGUUGUCGGUAAUGUUACCAGUGAAGUUAAUGAUAUUGUGAGUAACGAUAAUGAUAUCAGUAACGAUGAUAAUAUUGUCAGUAGCGAUAAUAAUGUUGUGAGUGACGAUACUAAUGCUCCUCAGAUCCGAGAGACUUCUAGAAGAAACAGAAAUCUCACUGCCACAAAGAAUUCGGCGAAAAAUACAACAGGAGCCAGACAGAGAUCUCCCACCAAAGCUGUGGUACAGACAUCUCCUGCAAAACCUGUUGAGAAUGCAAACUCUCCCACCGGACGUCCAAGUAUUGAAGAAGACAAUAUUCCAAUUAUAACUUUGAAAAAUAAACUGAGCCACGUCAGUCCUAGAAAAAGGUCGGCGAAAAAUCACGGUGAUAGAUUGGCUAAUGAAGACAUGUCUAAGAACGGAUCCUCGACAAGUGGUGUGGAAAGUGAGCAAGUUGACUGUGUGCCUGAAAUUGCUGUCGAUUGCAGCUCCAUCACUAAAAGACGAAAGAUGAGAUGUACUCCUACAAGUAGCAGCAAAAAUGAAAGCAACCGGCAAAGUAAUUGCAGGGAAACACCUAGCGAGUCAAUCGGCACCAUCCUUAUGAAAAGAAGAUUGUCUGUAUCCUUGCAACGUCUGUCACUAAAAACCAUGAAAACAAUAAAUACACAAAGGAACAAACAAAAUAAACGUGCAAUAAAAAACAAUGUGAAGGAAAAUUCCAAAAAUUCUAAAUCAGACAAAAGAAUAAAAUCUAAUUCACGAAAUACUCGGAAGAAGAAAAUUUCGCAAGAAUCAAGUCAGGAUCAUUCAACAGUUUCCUCUUUUGAUGAAUUCGGUUUCUUAAGGGAAGAACGAUCAAGGAGGAAUAGAGUUGUUCAGAGCUACAAAGAAGUUAGUCUUGGAAAAAAGCUGAGACGAUCGAAAUAGAGGCUUCUCUCAUAAUGGCACUAACAUAAUAGCAAUAAUUAUUGCAUAAAAUACAUUGAUUUUGUAAUUUUAUUAUUGUAGGCAAUUAAAUAGAAAAUGGCAGUAUUCUUUUAACUUUGUGACAUUUUUGUAAGUUGAUUGUUUUUUGUGAUUUGUCUGCAUAAAGCUCUGUUACUCAAUUUAAAUUUCCGCUUACUAUAAUGGAAUAUAGGCUAUGGUUGUAUGUCUUACAAUAACAAUUCAUAAUCUUAUAAGAUAGACUUUAUUUUUUAAAUAUUAUUAUUUGUUUAUAUCAAUUUGUUAGCUUACCUUAUUACGUGAAAUUGUACACUGCAUGACUGCUUUCCAUUCUUAUGAAUUAUGGUCACUUUUGUCAAGUUUACGAGUCUUAUUGUUUUGAUUGUUACAUGGACAUUGAUUGCUAAAACUCUUAUUGUAAGCCGUAGGUACCUAAUGAGGUACAAAUGUUGAGAUGGUGGUCAUGCCAUAAUAAUUAUGUUGUGUUUAUCAAUUAUCAUUUUCAUUGUAUCUUGUAUAUUGCAAACAUUUAUGUUAACAAACUAUGUAAUUAAAAGAAAUAAUUUAUGAUGUA